AUGGCGACCGCGUUUGCGACGUGCGAGGAUCCCCCAAGAAUGAAUGAUGAACGCAAGAAACAUCUUGUAUCGGCACUGCUGUACUUGCGAGCUAGGCGGCAGCAUAACGAAAUGCGUGACGAAACGCAUUUCGAUCUAGACAUGGACAUAGAGGCAAGGGCACGAAUUUCAAGGCAUAUUGAGGACCAGCUACAUGCCAACAUGUUCACAAUAGCCGCCGUGAUCGCCGAUUGUGUUCCGAGAGUGCAUCGAAGACGGUGGGCCUUCGAACGCAACGAAAGGUGGUUCGAGGACACGUUGCCGCAUUUGGGGGAUUUCCAUUUCAAGCAGGCCCUGCGUGUAUCACCAAGUACAUUCCGGUACCUUGUUGAGUCACUACGUAGUCUCGAGCGCGAAGACACGAACAUGCGAGGAGCAAUAUCGCUCGAGAAACGGGUUGCUGUCGGUCUUUACAGGCUGUGCUCGACAGCAGAGGACAGGACAAUUGCACAUUUAUUCGGCAUUGGUCGAUCAACAGUGAACACACUAUUCAGGGAGUUUUGUGGCGCAGUGAUAGAGCACCUCGAAAGCGAGUGGCUACGCAUGUUGCGUCCUGAUGAAAUGGCGUCACAUAUGUACAGCAUCAUACUCCUUGCGUUAGUGGAUCACCAGUAUCGGUUCAGGUACAUCAACCUGGGAAGCCCUGGGAGGUGCCACGACGCGCAUGUGUAUGGGCGCUCCAGACUGUGUGCUCUUGUUAAUGGUGACCAUUUCCGUUCACCUGUGACUAUCAUUGAGGAAACCCCUGUCGCACCGAUAAUACUGUGCGACCAGGCAUUCCCGCUCACUGCAAAUUUGAUGAAGCCAUUUGCAAAUGCAUCGAAGGACACACCAGAGGCAGCAUUCAAUUACAAUCUGUCAAAAACAAGACGCAUUGUUGAAAACGCAUUUGGACGACUGAAAGCACGUUUUAGAUUUAUAAUGAAGCGCAUGGAAUGCCGAAUUCCGACAGCAAAACGUGCUGUCCGUGCUGCUUGCACAUUGAACAAUAUUUGUGAAGCCCUGAAAGACAGUGUAGAGCAACAGUGGCUGCACGAGGCAGAGAUAGUCGACACACAGUACGGCCAGCCUUCGCACAACACGGACGUGUGCAACAAUAGAGGUGAUCAAGUGAGGGGUGCACUAACAAAGUACUUCUGGAAGAAUGCUCCACACAGGAAAGAACACUAG